AACCAAUGAGGAUGUGGUAUGCAAAUAAGCAAGUGGAGGCCGCCGGCCGACUUCCUCGCACUGUGCAGCUGCUCCAGUGAGGGCGCAGACUGUACUGGCCUGUGCGGAGCAAGGCGGUGUUUCUGGUGAGUCUGUUGAUUCUGGGCUGGGGUGAAAGCCAGGUUGCCCAGGGUUUGGGAGGAGGGCGGGUCGAGCACACACAGAUCCAAAGAUGAUCGGAGACAGGAUUGUCCUCAGCGAUUCCACCCCGAUGACUCUGGAAACUGCCUGCCUGCAGACGCGUGGGGGCCAUGGAGCAGAGGAAGGGCUGGAUGCAUGAAGGAGGCGGGGUGCGGGGAGCGAGGGACCCGCAGACUCAGGGCCACAAAUGCGUGGACCUAUUGGAGACCCUCAGGUUGUCUCCCCACCCCACGCAGAGAGGAAUGCGCAGCUGAAGAGAGAGGUGGGCAGCAGGCCCAGUCACCUACCAGGUGACCACAUGGCCAGGUGCCGCCACCACUCGGGUUACCUGGCCGAUGACGAGGCCAGCCACUCCAUGUGCAGUGCACGGGUGCAGCUGCCCAAGAAGCCACUGAUCCCAGAAAUGCGGCCAGCCUGCAAGCCGGGCCGUGUGCCACACCCACCAUCCACAUGUGGCAGCUCAGCACUCCAGGGCCAACGCCGAAACAAGAGGCACCCUCAGCCCUUUGGCCACUUUCUGGAUUUCCUAACGGAGAGCCAGGUCCUGGACAGCCUGGAGACAGUGGUGGAGAAGGCGACUGAGCGCAUGGCUGCCAUGAAGACGGAGGCUGGGGUGCCGCUUGUGGAGGUGCAGGACCCAGUGGAGGUGCCAAGUGGUGGACGGCGGGCACAUGCCCGGCCCAGCCUCAGCACCGUACACCGGCACCGUGUACGGCCGACCCUCUGCACUGGACACCCCAACAACUACCCAUCCAGCUCCAGCUCCAUGUCCAACUGCCAUAGCAGCCUCAUGGCCGGCUGUCUGGGCUCCCACAGCCGGGACAGUGACCUAGGUGCCCAAGGCUCAUUGCCACCUGUGAGGGACAAACUCCUGCUGGAGAAGAACCUCAAGCGGCUGCUACAGCUGGAGAGGAAAGGGAAAGGCCUCAGUCAGUCCUGCUCCCAGAGGGACUCCCUGCUGUGGGAUUCGCUGGGUAGCCAGACCAGCUUUCGGUGGACCCAGGAGCAGCCCUUGUCCUGGUUCUCAGGGCUGCUGGGCUCAAGCUCUGGCGUGCCUGAAGCAUCAGAGCCGAGGCCUGGAGAACAGGAGCCAAUCUUCCGCAAGCGAGAGUUCAAUAAGGAGAUCAAGUCAUUACUGAGCCAGCUGGAGUCCCUCGACCUGCCUGGCUACUGUCCGCUCCGUGAGCCCCAUCGCACGCUGAACUUCCUGGCUGACCACCGCCUCUUCCCCGCCCUGCAAAGCGUGGUCAGCCAGGCUGUGGAUAAGCUCCGUGGCGCCCACUGCCGCGACGGCCGUCCUCUGUUCACCACCAGCUUGGAGCCCACCUCAGAUCUGCCGCCUCCCGGCUCUGAGCCAGCUAAACCCACCAAUGGCGGGCAGCCCCAUGCUUCCCCCCGCCCCACAGUCUCCAGCCCCAAGAUGCUUCAGAGAAAACGCAAGGACAGAGGAGGCUCCCCCUCCAUGUCUAGUGCCCAGGUGGCCACCAGAUUCAAACUCAAGAGCCCCCGCAGCAGCAGCAGGUUCACGAAUAAGAAGCCGCUGCCCUCCAUCUCGUCGAAGUCCAGCAUGUCUCACUUCUCCAACCGCCUUUAUGAGGAGCUCGCCGACUUCCUGACCCAGCAGGCAGCCUCCUUGGUCAUCCGCAAGUACGAGUUCGAAAAGGACCUCAAUAAGCAGCUGGGCUUCUUCUCCUUCCCCAUCACCCACGUGCUCAGGGACCUUUCCCUGGGCUUAAAGAAGGUGAAAGGCUCCCGCAUCCACCUGUCCUCGGAGACCCACCGGAGCUGCCUGCUGCGUAAACUGGAGGAGGCCAAAAGGGCCCGGCAGGCCUCCCGGCUCAGCACCUCCCACCGCAGCACAGAAACACCCACUGUGCAGCAGGAACCAGCCACCCACACUGCCCAGGACCAGGCCACAGAGCCCUGCCACUCCCUCUACACCAACUUGCCAGCCAGCCAGCAGCUCAGCCCUUUGGAGCCCAAGCUCUACAUGUCUGCCUGCACCGGCAUGGGUUCCAGUCCCCCCAAGUCCAAGGACAUGGACAAUGAGGGCCGUGAUAAAGCCGAGAUUGAAGAUGAAGAUGAGGAUGAGUUCAAGGAUGAAGACCAGGAUGAGGACAAGGAUGAGGAUGGAGUCCAGAGCCUCCCAGAGCCUGGAGAGGAGGCCUUGGUCAGCCACUCCGUGGACGUGGGCCACGGUGACCCACCAUGAAGUCCCCACUAGCCACUCGAUUCCCUGCUCUGUCAGAGUUGCUGCCCAUCACACCAGCCCCUGCCAAGAGCAGGAGUCACCACAGGCUGAAUGCCCAUGAGGAGCUCUGCUGAGACUCUCAAGGGAGCCA